AUGAAAAAUAUUGAAAGAAUGAGAAUGAUAGGGAUAUAUUAUGGAUUAACACAAGGAGAAGAAUUCGAUUUCGAUAAGAAUUAAAAUAAUUUAUUAAUAAAAAUGAGACACAAAUCUCAAACUGUUAAUGACAGAGGAUUGAAAAAAUUAUAAGCAGUAGAUUAUAAAAAAUGCAUAUAUAAUUGUUUAUUGAUCAAACAAAAAUUUAUUGGAAGGGGUCCAAGGUACAUUUAUCUGUUUAAGAAUCAAAUUUGUAUAGGAAAGGAUUUUAAGUCUCCUUUCAUUUAAAUUCCUGAACGAUAAUUCCAAAUAAAUUAAGAUAUAAGAAUAUAGUGGUCUUAUAAGAAAAACCAAUUAAAAUCAGUAAUAUUUUAUGUAGGCGGAGAGCAAUUAGAAUACUUUGGGACCAAUCAAUAACUUAGAGAACUAAAAUAAAAAUGUGCUCUUUAUGUAUUUUAGGUCAAAAUAUAAGAUGAAUAUCAAGCUGAGUCAAUUUUAGGAUAGGGAUCAUAUGCUACAGUUCUGGAAUUAUCAAAUUUAUAAACUUAAAAACAAUUUGCAGCCAAAUGCAUCGAUUAAUAACGUAUCAAUGAGAAAAAAAAUGGAUAUAAAUAAUUACUAUAAGAGAUAGAAACUAUGCGUGUUCUCUCAGAAAUAAAACAUUAAAAUAUCUUAUAAUUAUAUGAACUCUAUAUAGGAAAUCAAAAUUACUAUUUGGUAAUGGAGGAUCACUCUUGUCUUUGA